CAAGUCAUACCUGCUGCAACAUCAGAGAAUUCACACUGGGGAAUGUUCACAUCAAUGCCCAGAAUGUGAUAAGCAAUUUGUGACUCCUGCUGCACUUCGGAGACACCAAAGGAGGCACACGGGAGAAAAACUCUAUCAGUGUAAGGUUUGUGGGAAAAGCUUUUUUGAAAAGUCAGCUCUUUUUCAACAUCAGACAAUCCACACAGGAGAGAAGCCCUAUCAGUGCAUCGAGUGUGGAAAAUUUUUUCGUUUGAUAUCAGGCCUCAGACUUCAUGAGAAUGUUCACAGAGGAGAAAAAAAAUUCAGAUGUUUAGACUGUGGGAGAGAAUUUGCUCAUUCAUUCCAAUUUAGACGUCACUGCCAAAUACAUACAGGAGAGAAACUCUAUAAGUGCUCGGAGUGUGAGAAAUCUUUUCGUUGGAAACAAUAUCUUCGAGAACACCAGUGGAUUCACACAGGAGAGAAGCCUUACAAGUGUGUGCAGUGUGGAAAGAGCUUUACUCGCAACACACAGCUUUCGAUCCAUGUAAAGCUUCACACAGGCAUAAAACACAAAGUGCAGAAAAAGGAAAAGUGUCCAGAAUGUGGGAGAUGUUUUUCCAGAAAGGCACACCUCAUUCGACAUCAGAGGCUUCACACCGGAGACAGACCCUAUCAAUGCCCAGAAUGUGAGAAACGGUUUGUGGAGUCUGCUCAACUCCUGAGACACCAGAGGGGGCACACGGGGGAGAAGCCCUAUAAAUGUGCCGAGUGUGCAAAAUGUUUUCUCACAGCAACAAUGCUUCGGGUUCACGAGAGAAUCCACACGGGGGAGAAGCCAUACAAAUGUGGGGAGUGUGCAAAAUGUUUUCUCACAGCAGCACUGCUUCGGGUCCAUGAGAGAAUCCACACAGGGGAGAAGCUAUAUAAAUGUGGGGAGUGUGCAAAAUGUUUUCUCACAGGAACAGUGCUUCGGGUUCAUGAGAGAAUCCACACGGGGGAAAAGCCGUAUAAAUGUGGUGAGUGUGGGAAAUGCUAUUCCCGAAAAGACCACCUUGGAAAGCAUCAAAAGGUCCAUACAGGAGUGAAGCCAUAA